AUGCAUAUCCCGAUAUUCCUCCUAACCAUCCUGACAACAAUGCCCAUCACAUCCACAGCACAGGGGGUAAACGCCGGCUACGACGUGCAAAAGGUCAAAUCCCAGAUGCUCCGACUGGCAACCCACAGUUGGGAAUACGGCACGGCAGCGCAAGCACUCCUGGAACUCGACAACCCGGAAUUGUCCAUCUUUGGAGCGUCCCCAUUCCCAAUCCCCGGUAAUCCCUCGGGCUCCGCACUAGAAUAUGCAAAGCAGCAUAUCACGCUAACUGGCGACACCCUCAUAAAUGGAGACGGUACGUCCCUAUCCCGCACGAAUUCCCAAUGGAGCAUCGCUAAACACUCGCCACAACAGGAGCGUUGGGAGACCCAGCAUCCCUGGGCAUACCAGCCCUCCUCCUGGGAAAAACCGACCAACGCUACCGCGACGCAGCGGAGCGACAGACAUUGCACAUCUUCCAAGCACCAAAGUGGCCAAACGGCGCCAUAAGUCAUCGCGAAUCCGUCGCAGAGCUAUGGUUUCCCCCCCCCCCCCCGUCUCCCCCUCCCCUCCCCUUUCCAACACAUCAUUAACCCCCACACCCCCCAAAACCACAGGGCAGACUUCAUAUACAUGGUACCACCAUACCUAGCGUACCACGGUGCAUACAAGUCGGACGAAUGGCUACUCCGCCAAGCAAUCUCGCAAUGCGCCCUCUACCGCGACGUCCUGAAAUCCCCCUCCGGUCUCUGGACGCACAUAGAAGGACCCCAGAGCGCCGACAGGGGCAGGUGGAGCACCGGAAACGCGUGGGCCGCCGCGGGCAUCCUCCGCGUCCUCGCCACCAUAACCAAAGCCCCCCAAUCCCGAGGCUGGAGGGCGGAGCAGGACCUGCUGAAAUCGUACCUGAAGGAGAUCCUGGACGGCGCCAUGAGCGCGCAGAAGGAUGGCGGCCUGCUGAGGAACUACCUCGACGACGGGUCCUGGUUCGGCGAGGUCUCCGGCACGACCCUCCUGGUCGCCGUCGCCUACCGCGCGCACACCAUGCACCCGGAUACCUUCGGGAGAGCCUACCUGGACUGGGCCGAGGAGGGGAGGGGCGAGAUCGCCCGCAGGGUGGACGGGAACGGGAUCCUGGCGCCGGCGGUGAACCCGCUCUCGUGGGGGGAUAGAAACCCCGUAUCCACCGGGAGCCCGGAAGCGAACGCUUUUGGCGUGCUGCUCUAUACCGCUUAUAGGGAUUACGUCAAUAAUUCUGGGAAAUGA